CAAAAAGUUUGCCCCGGAAACCCCGGUCGCCACUUCCCCAGCAAGAGCUUUUGCAGGAACAGGGGGAACUGCGGAGCGCUCGAGGGUGCAAACAUGGAGGCGCCUUGGAUAGGGAACCCCUAUCUGGAAGACCCCUUCCUCCAGGGUUACCUGAGAGCCCAUCUGCCCGCCCAGGUGUUUGCCGAAGUGAACAUUGACCUGGAACAGUUCGGAGCUCGUGUGAAAGAUGAAAUUCACUUUCUGGGCCGUGAGUGUGAGCUAAACCCUCCUAAAUUAUUGCAUUUUGAUGCCUGGGGACGACGUGUGGACCAAGUGACCACUUGCCACGCCUGGAAGAGGCUGAAGGACAUCUCUGCUGAGGAGAGGCUUGUGGCUGAAGGUUAUAAAAGGAGAUAUUUCUGUUGGAGCCGUGUUCAUCAAGCUGCCAAGCUGUAUCUUUUUGCAAUUUCUUCUGCUUGCUACAUGUCCCCUCUAGCCAUGACUGAUGGAGCAGCAAAAGUAAUUGAGUCUUUAGGUAUCCCAAAACCCCUGGAAGAAGCCUAUGCGCGUUUGACAUCAGGUGACCCCAAGACAUUCUGGAUCUCCGGCCAAUGGAUGACUGAACGCAAAGGCGGCUCUGAUGUUGGAGGUGGAACAGAAACUGUUGCACGGGAACUUCCAGAUGGCUCCUACAGCCUGCACGGAUUCAAAUGGUUCACAUCAGCGGCUGAUUCAGACAUGACGCUGACCCUGGCGAGGAUCGUGGGCCCUGAUGGGCAGAUAAAACAGGGCUCCCGAGGCCUCUCGCUCUUCUACCUGAAAAUAUAUGAGGAUGGGAAGCUGAACAGCAUAAAAAUACAACGGCUGAAAGAGAAGCUGGGCACGAGGGCGUUGCCAACGGCAGAGCUGUUGCUGGAUGGAGCUCGAGCACAUCUGAUCUCCAAGGAAGGCCAGGGGAUACCUUACAUCGUCAACAUGAUGAACAUCACUAGGAUCUAUAAUGCUGUGGCUGCAGCAGGAAGUAUGAGAAGAAUGGUCGACCUGGCACGGGAUUACGCCACCAAAAGGGUAGCCUUUGGAAAACCCCUCAAAGAUCACCCUUUGCACAUGCAAACUCUGGCACGAAUGGAGGUGCAAAGCCAAGCAGCGUUCCUGCUGGUGAUGGAGGUGGCGAGACUGCUUGGCCUGGAAGAAACGAAGGUGGCGACGGAGCAAGAGAAGCACCUGCUGAGGCUGCUCACCCCUCUCACUAAACUUUAUACUGCAAAGCAGGCUGUCGCUGUGGCCUCGGAAGGCCUGGAGUGUUUCGGAGGACAGGGUUUCAUGGAAGACACAGGCCUGCCUGUUAUUCUUCGGGAUAGCCAGGUACUAUCAAUCUGGGAGGGAACCACAAACAUCCUGUCCCUGGAUGUUCUGCGCUGCAUUCUCAAGAGCCAAGGAAAAGCACUGGAUGUCUUUUUCUCCACUGCCCAGGCCAAGUUGGAGGCAGCUACCCGGCAGUCUGAACUGCAGGCUUCUGUGCAAAUAAUUCAAAAUAAUCUGCAAAAACUCAAGCAGUUUGUUCGAAGAAUGGACUCGAAGGGAGAAGCUGGCUGGCAGCUGGCAGCGAGAGACUUUGCCUAUAAUCUGGCAUGGAUCUAUGAAGGAGUCCUUCUACUGGAGCAUGCCGCCAGGGCUGGUGCAUCAGCCACAAACAUCUACACUGCUCAGAGGUGGUGCCAGGAGGAUGUCUGCCUUGUGGACAGAGAAGAGAAGGCUGGUUCUUACAAUUCAACAGCAGCUUCCCUGGAUAAAUCUUUGGUUUAUGAUGGGUAUUCUUCUCUGAGAGGAAAACUGUAGCAAUUAACAGCUGAUCACUAAAUAAAAUGAAGGACAGGAAUACCAAAUUGAAUCCAUACGAUUUAACAGUAAAGAUAAUAUCUCUGGCUUUCCACAGCAUUGGAUAAUGCUGUAUAUUCAAAGUGUACUGGCAGAUGCUCAGUAUUAUGGCAUUCGAUUCUCAUUUUUACCAUUUGACUACCUGUAGUGUUCUCUCAAUUAAAAGUGAUUCUUAAUAGACUACGUCCAUCUAUAUAAAUGGGUGUGAAAUUAAAAUUGUUUUCAUAAUUUGUCCAAUAAUGUCAUGAUGGACAUAUCGCUUUAGCUAUCUGACACCCGUGAUAAAUGUCCUUGAAAUAUUGAAUAUGGAUGUUUAAAAGUUUUUUCUUUCUCUUUUAGAUUAUAAAUGCUUUCCUGAUUCAGAACAAUGUGGAUUUACUUUUUCUUUUUCUGUAAUUCUUCCAUUCUGAUUUCUUUUCUUAAAAGAAGAAUUAAACUAGAAUUACACAGAACUUUUCUAAAAUUUUCUUUAUGCAUGAUAGAUUUAAAAAAAAAAAGAAUUUCUAUGCCUCUGCAUACUUUGAAUAAAGAAAUAUCUGGCUCGCUAUAAUUAUUUUCUUAAUAAUUAACAAAAUAUAUUAUCUCUGGUUUACCUCUUUCCAGAACUCUCAAAUUUGCACUUGUGUAUUAUGAAAUUGAUUCAAGAUAUCUUGGGCUAAACAACUAAACCCAAAUAAAUAAAAAAGGUGGAUUAUU